AUGAUACUUUGGGAUUGGGAUUUGAAGCAGUGGUACAAGCCCUAUUACCAGAAUGCUGGCGGUGGAAAUGGAGUUGAUCUUUCAGUACUAAACGAGACUCGGAGCAUGCUAACAGAUCUCCUGACUGACCCAUCCCUUCCACCACAAGUGAUUUCUUCCCUUCGAAGCAUUAAUAGCUUGAUUGGUGCUUUCUCAGGCACAUGCAGGACAAAGGCUAGUCCAUUCACACCAUUUCAUGGUUUCUUCCCCUGUCCUGAAAUAGAAGAUCUUGCUGAGAAAGGAGAUCGAAAGCUGCUCAAGGGAUUAAAUAGCAGGAAUAACCUGCCAACACCACAGCUGAGAAGAACUUCAGGAGUUUCUGGCAUUCCACCUAUAGAAUCAACAUCAUCUAGAUGGGAACGGAGUAACAGCAAGAGGUCUCAUCAGGAAUAUAACACAUCAAGCCAAGGAUCUCAUUCAAAUGGGUCUUUUGGUGCAAACUUGCUGACAAUACCAAAACAAAGAUCAUCUUCUAUGACAUUGACUCAUCAUAUAGGUCCCAGACGAGCAGGUGCUUCUCCUGGCCUGAGUCCUCUGGCUUCACCUAGUCAUGGAUCUGUCUCCAGCGGGGCUUUCAGCAGCUGGUCACCUGUAGAAUUUCCUGAUACUGCUGAUUUUCUUACAAAACCAAGUGUUAAUAUACAUAAGCCUCCAGGAUACACAUUUAGUUCUCCAGAUUUUCAGCAGCAAGUUAAAACACCUGUAGGUUAUAUGUGUAGCAGCUGUGGACGUCAGACACUCAAGCCUGUUCCAACACCAGAACCAGAAUUUGUGGAAUAUAGAGACAGAAACUCAGGUGAAAUUGGAAGUGCUAGUGUUUCAAAAGAACCUUUCCACCAUACAGAGAAGAAAAAAGAUGAAAGGAAGGAAAUGAUCAAUCAAACACAAAAUAAUCUGCUUGUGGAGGAGAGUCCUACAUUAGAAACAAUGUUAUUAGACCAUGAUUCACUAAUGGAGAAGAUGAACAAUUGGAAUUUCCAAAUUUUUGACCUUGUACAAGAAAUGGGAGACCAGUCUGGAAGGAUCCUUAGCCAGGUAACUUACACCUUGUUUCAAGACACUGGUUUGUUUGAAAUUUUCAAAAUCCCAACUCAAGAAUUUAUGAAUUACUUCUGUGCACUAGAAAAUGGUUACCGAGAUAUUCCAUAUCACAAUCGUAUACACGCCACAGAUGUCCUUCAUGCAGUAUGGUAUCUGACAACACGGCCCAUUCCUGGAUUUCAGCAAAUUCAUAAUGAGCUUAUAAUGGAAAGUGAUAUGGAUGAAGCCAGUGGUAUUGCCCCAGUUCAAAUCAGCUAUAUUUCUUCAAAAAGCUGUUCUAUCGCUGAUGACAGUUAUGUAUGUGUGCUCCACACCUACUACCAAGAGUGCAAGGCUGUUCUCUACAAUGACAGAUCUGUCUUAGAAAAUCACCAUGCAGCUUCUGCCUGGAAUCUUUUCUUAUCACGACCAGAAUACAACUUUUUAUCAAAUCUUGAUCAUGUGGAAUUCAAGCGUUUUCGUUUUUUAGUGAUUGAAGCAAUCCUUGCCACAGAUCUCAAGAAGCAUUUUGAUUUCCUUGCAGAAUUUAAUGCCAAGGUCAAUGAUAUCAACAGUCAUGGUAUAGAAUGGAGCAAUGAAAAUGAUCGCCUGCUGGCCUGUCAAAUAUGCAUCAAACUGGCAGAUAUUAAUGGCCCAGCAAAAGUUAGAGAGCUGCAUCUGAAAUGGACAGAAGGCAUUGUUAAUGAAUUUUAUGAACAGGGUGAUGAAGAAGCAAGUCUUGGAUUACCUAUAAGCCCCUUCAUGGAUCGUUCUUCUCCACAGCUUGCAAAACUGCAAGAAUCUUUCAUCACUCACAUAGUUGGCCCCCUUUGUAAUUCCUAUAAUGCAGCUGGGUUGCUUCCAGGGCAAUGGAUUGAUGAAGAGGAGGAGGAUGCAGAAAGUACUGAUGAUGAUGAUGGAGCACAGCUAGAGAGCGAUGAUGAAGAAAUGGAAGAUGAUCUUAUUUUAAAAGCGCAAAGAAAAAAAGGUAGACGAAUAUUUUGCCAGCUAAUACACCAUCUCAGCGAAAAUCACAAAAUAUGGAAGAAAGUGAUUGAAGAGGAAGAAAAAAAUAAAGCUGAAGGAGCUAAACUGCUGACUGAGAUCUCAUCUUUACCUCAAGCAGAUGAAAUUCAGGUUAUUGAGGAAGCUGAUGAAGAUGAUGAACGACAAGUAGGAGAAGAUAAGACAUGCUAAGAAAACUUCAGUGGUGUCCAGUAUGAUGAUAGCCUAUUUUUUUUUCCACUGUGCUGACUUUAGCCUGAUACAGUUCACAUAAAAUUGAAAGGCCUUAAUACUGUGAGAGGAUUCUUUCUACUCUAGUGGAAUCCCACUCCUAUGCACUUUCGCCACACAGAAUAUGAAACUUUAUUCAAAGAUUGAGUAUUGUAUACCCUGAUGCAAAGUUCUUUAUGCCUUAUUUGGUAUAAAAUAUCCUGAUAUAAUGCUGCCUUGCUGAAUCUGGAACUCUUGUUUUCCUUGAGGUACCUGCAAUUUUUAAAAAUAUUCAGUGACUUCAAUUACCAAAGUGGCAAGAACUUUUUGCUAAUAAGGAAACAUGGGAUGAAUCCUAAUAUUGUCUUCAGUUGUUUAUUUCAUGUUGUUUUUAAACAUGAAUGAGAAAAAGUCUGUGCCUAUAUGAAAACUAUGUUACUGUUGCAGUGCCAGCCUGUUGUGGGGUGUCUACUUAGUGCAGUAGUGUGCUUAAUGUAGUCAUCUCAGAGCAACUGUUCAAGGACUGUGACAUAAAUGCUGAAUUCUGAUAUUUGUGGUUUAAAAAAGGAAAAAAAAAAAAACCAGGUGCAUCUA